UUCCUCCCUCCCUCUGAAUCUCUCUCUCUCUCUCAUGGGGUCUCUUCAAUUUCGAUUUUCUGAAGUUGGGUUUUCUCCAAACCCUGGAAUCUCCACGUUCUUUCCAUUUCCCAAAACGCCUUCCCUCUCCCCUCCAAUUCCAAUUCCAACAAGCGUCAUCUCAUGUGGGCUGAGAAAUGGGCCAAGAAAGCCUAUAUGGAGAGGGAGAGUGAUGUCCACAGAAGCAAUCCAAGCCGUCCAAUCACUCAAGCUAGCGAAGUCCGCCUCUAAAUUAGAAGAGGUUCUCGAUCGCAGAAUAAGCAGGCUCUUGAAAGCGGAUUUGAUGGCAGCUCUGGUCGAAUUACAGAGGCAGAACGAAUUGGAAAUAGCUCUCCAGGUGUUUCGGUUUGUACAGAAGGAGGUGUGGUACAAACCAGAUCUAUCACUUUAUUGCAAUAUGAUUUUUAUGUUGGGAAAGAAUAAGCUGAUUGGAAUUGCUGAAGAGCUCUUCUCUGAACUUAAGAAAGAAGGCUUGAAGCCUGAUACCAGGACCUAUACUGAGAUGAUGGGAGCCUUUCUGCAAGUGGGUAUGGUGGAAAAGGCAAUGGAGACAUAUACGUUGAUGAAGGAGUCAGGGUGCAGCCCAGAUAAGCUAACACUGACCAUUUUGAUCAGGAACCUUGAAAAGGCUGGAGAAGAUGAGCUUGUAUCCUCCGUAAAGAAGGAUUGCGCUGAUUAUAUGGAUUUCCCAGAAAGAUUUCUAGAUGAAGUGAAACAGAAGCAUGUGAAGCGGAAGUUGAAGUCAUAUGAACUUGUUUGAAGACCCCGAUAUAUGAAUUCGCAUCAAAUUCUCACAUCUAGCACCAGCUGAUUCAACAUGGAAGAUCAUUCAAACCUGCAAUUCAUGCUGCCAGAUCAAAUGUGGAGAUCAUCUGCGUGGUCAGAAACUCCAAAACACACAAUUAAAAGCAUGGAAUCAGUUGACAGAGGCUUGUCUUCAUCAGCUUGUAUAUUCUGUUAUGUUAAAGGAGUGUUGUUCCACAAAAUACAGGUUGCUGGAAUUUCUCCCUUUGACAACAGAAGGUAAGGUUCGGAAUGCCGGUGAAGAGAUCCAGUGCCGCCUGCAGCCGCAGUGUUAUUGUGCUUCUGCAUGAAUGUACGUAGAGCAUGUGUACUAUCCUAACCAACUAAUGAGUGAACAUUCUUCCAUUGAAAUGUAAACUGUUACUAGCCCUCA